AUGCUACUAACGAUAGAUGGCGCUAAAGUUGUGAAAAGCUCGCGUUGCGCUAAUUAAUUCGCGAGACGUGUUAUUUGGGCAUUUUUCUAGGGACCGAUUUUCGAGUUAAACUUCAGUUAAUUCCUUGAUCCAAUUUAUGUUCGAUCAUGGUAACUAUUGAACAACUUUACAAGGAUUAUGAGGUCCUUGCCGAAGCUGGAACAGAUGCCGGGAAGCAUGAAAAGUCAUACGCCUCCAUUCUUAGUGCCGUUGGAGGGGAUUCGCCUCAGAAGCAACUUGCCGGUCAGUUCAUCCCAAAGUUCUUCAAGUACUUCCCUUCUUUGGCAGAGCAGGCAAUCAACGCCCAGCUAGAUCUAUGUGAAGAUGAUGUAUCCAUGAUCCGCAGACAAGCCAUCAAAGAACUACCCAACCUGUGCAGAGAUUCAGCUGAUCAUCUUCUAAGAAUUGCAGAUGUUUUAACGCAGCUUCUUCAAUCAGAUGACCUUCCUGAAUUAAACAUUGUCAGGUCGGCUCUUAUGGCACUCUACAAUAUUGAUUCUAAAGGUACUCUCGGUGGAAUCUUUAAUCAGAUAUUAUCGGGAGAAGACAAGGUUAGAGAUCGGGCUAUAAAGUUCCUUAGCAACAAGAUUCAGACGUUGCCUCCAGACCGCAUACCUAACAAUGUUGAGGAGUUUCUGGUGGAGAAAUCAAAAGAGGUCCUUGCUGAUGUGACUGGUGAAGAGUUUGUUAUAUUCAUGAAGCUUUUGACUGGAUUAACCAGCAUGCAGACGUUAUUAGGAAGGAAACAAUUACUUGAUCUUGUUACAGAGCAGGCAGACCUCACAUCUGAUUUCCAGCACACAGACUCUGACAGUGUCGAUAGGUUGAUACAGUGCAUUCGCCAAGCCAUGCCAUUCUUUUCGAAAAAUGUACAGUCCACUGCAUUUGUGUCGUACAUAUGUGAACGUGUCCUACCCAACCUAAGCUCCCUUGCUUCAUCGCCCGAUGAGAACGGGGCAACGGAAGAAGAGAAGAAAGACAAGGAGAAAGAGUCGGAUUCCGAGGGUGCCAAACUAGAAAUGUUGAAACUGCUUGCGGAGAUGGCGUCCAACUGCGGUGAUCUACCAGACGAACCUCACACAGCAAACCUCUUCAGCACAUUAGUGGAGUAUAUGCCAUUACCACCUCCAGCUGAAAGUGAAGACAGUGAAAACACACCUGCCAGUGAAGGUCCCCAGCUUCAGUUCUCAUACGUUGAAUGUUUGAUGUACACAUUCCACCAGCUAGCCAGAAAGCAUCCUGAAUACCUCACCAGUGAGGAAGAAGUAGUUGCUGAAAGACUAAAGGAUUUUAGGCUCAGGUUGCAGUACUUUGCUCGAGGUGUUCAGUUGUACAAAAGACAGCUUCGUUUAGCGUUGGAAGGGAAGGUUGGCGAUCAGUUGAAAACAGACGAGAACAAACUCAAGGUGGUUGCUCUCAGAAUUACAUCAAAUAUUGAUCUACUAACAAAGGAUCUGUUCCACAAUCCCCCAUCUUAUAAGAGUUCUGUCAUUUUGUCAUGGAGACCGGUUACUAAGCAACCAUCAUCACCGAAAGAACAACCAGGACAAAAGAGGAGUAACAUCACUCCCAUCACAUUCCCUGAGGGAUCUCCACCUGCCAAGAAGAAACAGCAGAAUAGAGGAGGCGGAGGAGGAGGUGGUGGAGGGGGGCAGAGGAGGGGUAACAGGGGUAUGUAUGCACCCCCCAGCGGCAAGUACAGUCAGAAGGCAGGCUCGGCGCCCGGAGGUGGGGACGCCAACUAUGGAGAUAACUAUGGAGGUAAUCAGAGGUACCAGCGAGGAGGCUACGGGCGCGGUCGCAACAGAGGAAGAGGGAGGGGUCGAUACUACUAGAUAACCCGUCAUCAAUGUAUGCUAGCUGUAAAUACACAGAACACUUCACUUUAGUCUGUAGAUAUUUCAUCUCUUUGUGAUACAUGAGGGGGGUGUUUCACAAAUCGAUGAGUGCAACUUUUGCGGCUUUGCAAAGAAUCUUGCGUUCAAUCCCCAAUCAUGCACAAGUCCCGAUAUUAAGCAUCGGUACUUUGAUCAGGGUUGACGUAAAGGCCGGUACUUCCGAGUCACGAGGUCGAUGGAUAAAACUCCCAUUGACUGUAUACGCAUGACUCGGCCCAAAGGCCAAGGCCGGCAAAUCUAACCUCAAGGCCGGCCUCGACUACACCCCUGACUUUGAUUAAACAUAAAUUUUUAGUUUCCAAUCUAUUGCAACGUCAAAUCAUGCUUGAUUUUGCAACACUCCAUCGGAGUCAUAGCUUAGAGGUCAACCCGCACAUGAUAUUUAAGGCCUAAGCUCGUUGAUGUAUAAACAGUGGUGCAUGUCGUCAGAGAUUGAUUUGACCAAUGCGAUGAUGCGUUAUAUAACCCAUGCAAUUAUUAAGUGUGAGUUUUUGUCGCACUUAACUUUUUAUGAAACACCUCCCUGGUAUUAUACAAAAUUUCUGUGACGAAUUCAAGGUCGGCCAUUGAAAUUCUCUUUUAAUAGCUGUGAACACUGAAUGUCAUUUUAAUUGUGCUGAAUGACCUGUCUCAUCUAAUAUAGUGAGCUACAAUUUUGUGUUAUAUUGAAAUAUUGCUGGUUGACUGGCCAAGAAUGAAUUCAUCAUUAGGGAGCGUUGUUAGUAAUAUUUAUCGCGACAGAGCGGCCAUUUUGAUGAUACUCAUCCGUGUUUUCAAGUUGGUUCAUAACGCGAUAGAUAAUAGACAGACCUUCACACUCAUUGUUUUUGCUCCAUGAUCGCCAGCAAACCGUUCUCUGGACGGAUCGCUGGCUCUGUCAUCUUUGACCUUUGAAAGAAUUACAGUGUAUAUGGAAUCUUGCGUAGAGCGUACCCUGCCCUGAAUGGAUACUUUUGAGGAUCAUCACAUCUGAUGAUAUGACUUUGUUAAAGACUCUUUGUUAUGUCACCUUUUUUAAAGACACGUUCGGUCAUAGAGAACCAAUCUGUUGGGAAGAAAGGUUGAAGAGGAGAGGUUUGGGCAUUGUAACUCGAUAACCGCAAUAAUUUGGACAUCAUUAUCAACAAGACCCUCGCCUUGCUGGUAAAAGGUUACAAAUACCCUUCUUUUCAUGUAAGUUGAAUGCAUUCGAUUUGCAAAGGAAAUGUUAGAGGGUAUUUUUAGGGUUAAGCAGAAUGUAAAUUUGCAUUUUUGAAGAAGGUAUAUGUAUAAAAGUUAUCCUUUGAACACAUGGGUCUAUGUCAGGAACAUCCAAUGUCUAAUUGAGCACACAAUUACAUGUACAUCAAAAUUAAAUUACUCCUUGUUUAACAUUGCUUUCUGUGGUUAAAAUGAUUGUAAGUUGGCCAAAUUUACUUGUACUGCCGGGGUUGUAAAGACUUCUUUUAUGUUUUGUCACUUUUAUAUUACUUAGGGGGUGUUGCAAGAUUUUGGGUCAUCAAUAGCAAAUUUCUGUCGCAAUUUUACGAUGGGUAGAUCAGUUUUGAUUAUAGCACAUUGAUUUAUACUCCUUGUUGUGAGGAGCAUGGCAGCAUUCAAGUUGCGUUGAAUUGCAAGACGUAAGGUUGAUUUGGGACCCAAAGUAGACUAGCAAUUGAUCGUAAGUUGCUUGCAACGCCCCAUUAGUUUUUUAUUAGUUGUUGAUGUCAGUAGGGUAUAGGCACCAUAGCAAAUAUCUCUAAGGUGUCGUAGCUGUGCAUCCUUUAAAGGUAAAUGUUCCUGGGAUUCAAGAGGGUGCUGUUGGACAUACGUACGCCCUGCAUGCAGUGCCAGCUGCCCAUUGACGCUGACUUGAUAUUAUGCCUACGCAGAUACCAUGUUCUGAAUGCCCGAACUCUGAGGAUCCUUAGUUUAUGCUUCAGCUGCUGUUCGAAGAUCUUGGCUCCACCUUCUGCCGCGGUGGGAAGUGACGUCAGCAGAUGUUUGGGCCAGCACCGACGUAGCCAAAAGCAGUGCAGCGUAUGUGUACAAUGAAUGUGUGCAUGUGCUGCGCGACUGACUGAAGAUUGACAGCUGCAUUGCGUUGCGUUGAUGCACGUUGCGUUGAUGAUCUUUGUAAUGGCGGCGAAUACAGCACACAACGAAACCGUCCAGCAGCCCUCUCUUGAAUCCCAGGAGCAUAUACCUUUAAAGCGGUUUCCCCUCCAUCCUUUGUUAUUAAAUCUAUGAUGAAAUAGCAGGAGUAUUUAUUAUUAUGAUAAAAAGACACUUUCCAGAUUCCUGUUGAAAUACAUUUUUUUAAACUUUUGUUUUAUUCUUUUAGUAUACUGAUCAAGGUUUUGUAAAUAUUAAAAGAAAUUUUGUUAUAAAACACAAGUACAGGUAAUAUCUUUUUUUUUUAUUUAAGAAAGACCAAAUCAGUCUAUAAUUUAUAUGCAAAGGAAACUGCAUGUGACUUAUCUUCUACUUUUGUGAAUAAGAAUUUGGACAAUGAGGGAUUGGAAAUGGAGUUUGAUUAUCUACAAAUGUAAUGUUCUUUGCACAAUUCUUUGAUGUGUUCACACAAUCUCACUGUCAUGAGAAAUAGGGGGGGAGGGGCCUUAAAAAAUGUUAAUUAUUUAUAUUUCUAAUGUUCUAGAACGUAGUAAAAUCUAUCAAUGUGAGAAAUAAUCAUUUUACACAAUUGUGAGCAUGUCAAUAAUGUCAGAAAUAACGAUAAAUACAUUCUGCUUGUACAAAUGUUUUUAAAGAA